AUGGAUUCAGAUGUGCCAGGAAGUGAAGCUGUGCCAGACGAGAGGCCAGCGAUUCCAAACACAGAGCCGUGUGCUUCGGUUGAAGAUGAACCUUCGCUCAAAGAACCCAUCGACCAACAAGGGCUCGAGGAUGAUGAAAUUCAGACACAAAUUGAUCUCCUCAAGGACUUCCUCGAGCGGCUUGAGGUCACCAGGCCGGAGGUGGUAAGAGUGACCCAGGCACGACAUGCACUUUGGCGGUUUGGACGUGCUCUGCGUGAAGGGCACAACGGACCAGACCGUUACCAUCAAGGUGAAGUGAGGCGACAUAUUGCCCAGUUCUGGUCGCACUCCUGGCGUGGCAAUAAUACUGUGUCCAAGAUUAUGUUGCUUCUUGUGGUGUACAAUGGCCUGCCGGCCGUUCUGGUUGGCUCGGCGACGUUUGUUUCCGUGCGGAUCGGCAUGCAGCCGGACUUUGAGCAGCGCCCUAUUAUGCCGUACACUUUAGCUUGGAGUAUGCUGGCGGGCAUUGUUCUCUCAAGCCUCACUUUUCUGACAUGGCCAUCUCGCAGACGAGUUUUUCUGGAUAGAAUAUGCAUCCACCAGAGAGACGAGAGAUUGAAGGCCGAAGGCAUGCUCAACUUAGCAGCACUGUUGAAGUAUUCGCAGAGCAUGCUGGUGUGUUGGGAUCCUAGCUACAUGCAGCGCAUGUGGUGUACCGUAGAGUUAGCCGCAUACCUGAAAUGUCAUCCAGACGGUCCACUGAUCAUAAGACCCGUCGGCUGGGGGCCAUGCACGAUUGCUGGGUUCCUGACUGUGGCCAUACUGCUGGCGGUUGCAGAUAUUCUGCUCGAGCACUUUGACUCUCAAGCUGUAGAGGAGGUGUCUGCAUUCGUCUUCGCUGGCUCUGUGAUGGUUUUCAUGUACUUCACGACCUCUGCAGCUCGAGCCCACUUUCGGGCGGCAAGUACUGUUCAGGAUCAGCUGCGGACUUUCUCCUUCCACAAUGACACACACUGCUAUUGUUGCAGCGUGAAUCACGUGAACCGCAAGACUGGACAAAGGAUGUUUUGCGACCGCCAGGCCAUUAGUGGAUGCCUUGAACACUGGUUUGGCUCCGACACGGCUUUUGAUGCUGUUGUCCAGCAAGACGUUUCUGCAGCGUUCCAGCGCGGUGUGAUGAGCUGUUUGUUGCCAUAUGCUUGGCUCACAGGAGCUACGAUUCCGACCAGGCAUGGCGUUCAUAUUGGACUCCAGUCCUUGUGGAUCAACCGAAACUCAUGGUUGGCUUUUUGCAACACUCUCUACUUACUUACCACGUGGCUGGGAACCAUCCCUGUCCUCGUCGCACUGUGGCUGCGGAUCCCGCGUCGUUUUCAGCAGCGCCGAUCUACAAGAUGCCGGGAGGUGAUGCUAAACAUGGCCUGCUCUGUUUUGAUGGCCAUCAUGUUUUUGGUCGUUCGCUUUGCUGAGGAUGCCAUUGUGUUUUCUGUACCAACCUAUGGAAUCGUCACGUGCUCAAGCAUUUCCCUACUUGGCGCCGCCAUCUGCUUGGGUGAGUGGAGAAGACUAUUUUGUCACAAGUCUCCUUCUUAG